AAGGCGAAAAUCUUAAUUUUAUUUGGAAAUUCAUUUGAUUAAAUGGUUUUGGAGUUUGUACUUCAAGCAAGAACUCCGAAGCAUCACUUUCAGUUUGAGUGGGCUGAAGAAAGAGCCAGCAGGAGGACAAUGGAUACGCCUCAUGUCCUGGUAAUACCGUACCCGGCGCAAGGCCAUGUCAUCCCUCUCAUGGAGCUCUCCCGGAAGCUGGCCGAGCUUAGGUUCCGAAUCACGUUUGUGAACACGGAGCACAACCAUGACUGCAUCAUGAGGUCGGACUCAAUAGCUGCAGAAGGCACCAGAAAGGACUGUGGGAUGAAUUUUAUGACCGUCUCUGAUGGGCUGGAGGAGGAUGAUCGGAAGAAGCCGGGGAAGCUGUCUGAAGCAGUCCUGACGGUUCUGCCGGGGAAAGUCAAGGAGCUCAUCUGUGAGAUCCAUCCAAAGGACAGGAUCGCCUGUGUUGUGGCUGACCAGAGCCUCGGCUGGGCCAUGGAGAUUGCGCGGGAGAAGGGUCUGCGCUGCGCUGCCUUCUGUCCUGCUGCAGCGGCGAUGCUGGUCCUGGCAUUAAACACUCCGAGGAUGAUUGAAGAAGGAAUUAUUACUGACGAUGGAACUCCAACAGGGAAGCAUUGUUCGUUCGAGCUAUCGCCUGACAUGCCACCAAUGAACCCGGAAACCUAUGUGUGGGCCCGCAUCAGAGACAAGACCUUGCGAAAGAACGUAUUCCAGCUCAUCCUUAGGAACACCAAAUCCGUGGAGCUAGCCGACUUGAUUGUUUGCAACUCGUCCCAUGAACUUGAGACCGGAGCGUUCAAACUGGCCUCUCAAAUCCUGUCCAUUGGACCAAUUCUGGCAAGCAAUUGGAAUGGUAAGGAUUCCAUAGGGAGCUUCUGGAAGAGAGACUUGAGCUGCCUGGACUGGCUCGACAGACAGCCAGCUGGCUCAGUGGUUUAUGUAGCUUUCGGUAGCUUCACAGUGUUGGACCCGGUGCAGUCCAAGGAACUGGCUCUGGGGCUUGAGCUCACAAACAGGCCUUUCUUGUGGGUGGUCAGGUCUGAACCAUCAGGUGCGAGUAUGAGUUCGUAUCACCCGGCAGGGUUUGCGGAGAGAGUCGGGGAUAGGGGGAAGAUGGUGUGGUGGGCGCCACAGCAGAGGGUCCUAAGCCACCCGGCUGUGGGCUGCUUCAUCAGCCACUGUGGGUGGAACUCCAUCGUCGAAGGCCUUGUCAACGGUGUCCCCUUCCUCUGCUGGCCUUACUUCGCCGACCAGUUCCUUAACCAAAGCUACAUUUGUGAUAUAUGGAAGGUGGGACUAGGCCUGAAAGGAAGUGAAAGUGGUACUGCUGUUUCUAGGGAGGAGAUAGCAGGGAAGGUAGAGGAGCUGAUGGAAGGUGGGGGAGGCUACAAGGGCAGAGCCAUUGAUCUCAAAAGGAGGUUGAGGGACAGUGUUACGGAAGGUGGUGUGUCCCAUGGCAAUUUUGAGAAGUUCGUACGGUGGUUGAACGGAUAGACAAGGGCUCGAGUCCUCCCGGCCGAUGUCUGCAGAUCUGUUUCAAUCCGAGUCAUCGGGUAUAGUUGAAGUUCAUGUGAUUACUCUGCAAUCAUGUAAAGAAUGACUGAUGCGGACUAUGAAGACUAGUCUUUGUAAUUUCUGAGUGAAAAAGUCGGAGUACUCGUCGUUUUAAAAAUGUCAAAUGAGUGAAAUAAAAAGUAAGUUUGCCCUUAAUGCAAAA